UGUGGCUAGUGGCCACCUCCCCAGAAGCAGCCCGGCCACUCACCACCUACCACUUUUUACCUAUUUCACCUUCUCCGAAGGCCUCCCUAGCACUACCAGUUGUUGUCUUACUUCUUGGCGAGUCCCUUGUGACUCCCACUAUACAAGCUCCUCAAGGCUAGGCCUCGCCCUGAACGGCGCCCGGGCACAGCAGACGCUCCAUCAACGCUGUCCCCGCCAGACUCCGCGUCCAGGGGAUCGGCAGGCCCCGUACUCUGUUUCCACGCGCCGGGGCCGCCCCUCGCCCGGCCUCCCGCAGGCCCACCCCUCGCCAGGCCCAGGCCCAUCCCCGGAAUGUUCGCUGGAAAUCGUGGACGUGACUGGGAGGAGCCUGCCCGCCCCGGCUCUCUCUCGGCGCCGCGCGCACAGGGUCCGCGCCAGCGACCAUGGCGGAGCCCACGGUGUGCUCCUUCCUCACCAAGGUGCUGUGCGCCCACGGCGGCCGCAUGUUCCUGCGGGACCUGCGCGGCCACGUGGAGCUGUCGGAGGCCAGGCUCCGGGACGUGCUGCAGCGCGCCGGGCCCGAGCGUUUCCUGCUGCAGGAGGUGGAGACCCAGGAGGGCCUCGGGGACGCGGAGGCCGAGGCGGCGGCCGGCGCGGUGGGCGGUGGCGGCACCUCCGCCUGGAGGGUUGUGGCCGUGUCCUCUGUGCGCCUCUGCGCCCGCUACCAGCGCGGCGAGUGCCAGGCCUGCGACCAGCUGCACUUCUGCCGCCGGCACAUGCUGGGCAAGUGCCCCAACCGGGACUGCUGGUCUACCUGUACCCUUUCCCAUGAUAUCCACACACCUGUCAACAUGCAGGUGCUGAAAAACCAUGGACUUUUUGGUCUCAAUGAAGCCCAGCUUCGGAUCCUGCUUUUGCAGAAUGACCCUUGUCUUUUACCAGAGGUCUGUUUGCUCUACAACAAAGGGGAAGCCCUCUAUGGCUACUGCAACCUGAAGGAUAAAUGCAACAAGUUUCACGUGUGCAAAUCCUUUGUCAAGGGAGAGUGCAAACUCCAGACCUGCAAACGGUCCCAUCAGCUUAUCCAUGCUGCAUCCUUGAAGCUGCUGCAGGACCAAGGACUGAAUAUUCCAAGUGUUGUUAAUUUUCAGAUAAUCUCCACCUACAAGCAUAUGAAGCUGCACAAGAUGCUUGAAAAUACAGAUAAUUCAUCGCCUUCUACUGAGCAUUCACAAGGCCUUGAGAAGCAAGGAGUGCACGCGGCUGGAGCCGCAGAAGCCGGUCCUCUGGCUUCUGUCCCUGCUCAGUCGGCUAAGAAGCCCUGCCCAGGUAAACCUUAAAGGGGGUCAGUGAACUAAGAAGAAGCUUGUCCAGCUUGGAAGAUCUGAAAACAAGCCUUCUGUUUAGCUUUAAUUUGUAACCAUUCAUUCAUUUAAUGAUAGAUUUGUAAUGGUCAUAAUAACAUCUACCUCACAGUGUGUUGUGAGAAGUAAAGAAGAUGGAAAAGGAGAAAAUGUCCUUUUGGAAGAAUACAGUUGGGCAUGGGUGGUUGGGGAUGGGGUUGGAGUUUGAGCAGGCAAAGAGGCUAAAAUUGAGUGCAGAUGGGGCCAGGCCAGGGCAAGUGCUAAAGAUGGCAGCUUCUACCUGCAGCUCCUAGGUGCUU